AAUCAGCCGCGUGUGUUCUUUCAAAACACGUCCAGCAUCCACACACUGCAGUGAUGAAGUGUGAUCUGUGUGGUUAUGAUAAGCAGAUGUCAUGUUGAAAGUAAAAGGCGGUGUGUGCAGGGAGAGAGAGAGCGCUGCCCGCUGGUGCAGUCGGGGCUUUUAAGCGGAGCGCAUUCCUGCACAGCGCUCACACACACCGGAGGACGCGCCGCGGUGAGACACACACCGCAACGCCUCUCAGGGGCCGGAGCUCACCUAGAAACCCUCACAGCGGAGGUGGAGGAAGUGCUGGCUGUCGCCUGAACACAGCGGGGUUUUCUUUUCUUUUUCUUUUUUUUUUUGUUUAUAUAUAUAUAUGCACAGCAGCUUCGGCUGAGGGUCACGUUGCGUUGUGUCUUUCGAGGACUGUACGCCGCGAUGUCGGAGUUUCUGGUGGGUCUACUCGGGGAGCGGCUCGUCAACAGCGAGAAAGCCGAGGUGGACGUGCAGUCGCUGGGCGCCAAGCUCUCGCUGGUCGGGCUCUUCUUCGGAUGCAGCCUGAACGCCCCGUGCAAGCAGUUCAACGGCAGCCUGUGCGAGUUUUACAGCAGGUUCAAAAAGACGUCGGAACACAAGGACAAAUUGGAAAUCGUCUUCAUCUCGUCGGAUCAGGACCAGAAACACUGGCAGGACUUUUUGCAGGAGAUGCCAUGGCCCGCGUUACCUUUCAAAGACAGACACAAAAAGAUGAAGCUGUGGAACAAGUACAAGGUAACCAGCAUCCCAUCUCUGGUGUUUGUGGAUGCAGCUACGGGGAAAGUGGUGUGUCGGAACGGCCUGCUGGUGGUCAGAGAUGACCCUAAAGGCCUGGAGUUCCCCUGGGGACCGAAGCCAUUUGCAGAGGUGGUGGCAGGGCCUCUGCUCAGGAACAACAGGCAGACAACAGACAGCAGCUCUCUGGAGGGACACUAUGUGGGAGUUUAUUUCUCGGCACACUGGUGCCCGCCGUGCCGCAGUUUGACCCGGGUUUUGGUGGAAUCGUAUCGAACAGUCAAAGAGUCAGGAAAGAAGUUUGAGAUCGUGUUCGUCAGCGCUGACAGGUCGGAGGAGUCCUUCAAGCAGUAUUUCAGCGAGAUGCCGUGGUUGGCGGUGCCGUAUCCAGACGAGGCCCGGCGAUCACGACUCAACAGACUCUACGGAAUACAAGGUAUUCCCACGCUGAUUCUGCUGGACGCAGAAGGUCACAUGAUCACGCGACAGGGCCGCGUGGAGGUGCUGAACGACCCAGAGUGCCGGCUCUUUCCCUGGCACCCCCGGCCCGUGCUGGAGCUCAGCGAGUCCAACGCUGUGCAGCUCCACGAGGGGCCCUGCCUCGUCCUGUUUGUGGACGCUGAGGAGGAAGGUGAGCUAGAGCCAGCCAAGGAGCUCAUUCAGCCAAUAGCGGAGAAGCUUAUGGCAAAGUACAAAGCCAAGGAGGAGGAGACGCCGCUGCUGUUCUUUGUGGCUGGAGAGGAUGACAUGACAGACUCCCUGCGGGACUACACGAACCUCCCGGAAGCGGCGCCCCUGCUCACGAUCCUGGACAUGUCGGCCCGGGCCAAGUACGUCCGCGACGUCGAGGAGAUCACGCCGGCCGUAGUGGAGCAGUUUGUGGGCGACUUCCUGGCUGAAAAGCUCAAGCCGGAGCCCAUCUGAAGAGGAAGUCCAGAUAUAAAAGUUGGACACACUAUAUGGGACUCACUCCAUCAUCCAAACCCUGACCUCUCGCUACGCCCCUCACCCUCCCUCUCUCUCUCUCUCUCUCUCUCUCUCCCACCCACCUCCCCCCUGACUCUGUCAGACUGUUAGAGAGACGUCUCACUUUUUACUGACAUUUUAACAUUUUUUUAGACAUGUUCCUCUUUUCACGGAGUCCUCUUUCUCCUGUGGUGCCUUGCAUUGAUGAUAGUCCCUACAGUAAUAUAUAUGGAGAUUCUGUUGGUUCUUUUUUUUUUUUGUUCGUUUUGCCCUCCAGAAAAGUGUUUUUCUUCUUUUUUUUUUUUCCCCAUUUGAUAGCUUUUUCUGAACUCUAGAGAAAAACCAGAGAAUUACCCAAUGGACCUACUUAUUCAGCUGAUUCUUUGCUUUGUGUUUCGUCUGCAAGAUCCUUGUCGUUACUUUUUUGGUUUCUGAAUGAUGUCGAGAAAGAAUAAAAAUGCAUUUUUUGUAAUUCACUUGUAGUGCAGAUGUGCUAAACCUCAGUUGGAUGUAGCCGUAAGCCUUUAUGGUCAUAUUUAAAGAAAAGAAAAAAAAACAGUAUGACAGGUGCACAUACAGUAAAGAUCACAUUAUACUUGCUUGUAACAGACCAAUGACUGAUGUUUUAAACCCCCCGUGUCUUGUUGUGUGUGUUGCGCUGUGAGUGAAAGUCAUCUCUUGCCAGUUGUUAAUGGUGGUUCUCAUCUCAAAGUCAUUACGAGGAUUUUCUGUGAAGGUCCCCUAAUGAAAAAGGCCGGGUUAUUUCUGAAGGCACAAAAAAAAAAAAAAAAAAAAAAAAAACGGCAUUGGGAAAGUGUUGAAUGUAUAAAUCCCUGUAUUCUGUUACUUCAGUCAUGACUUCUCACACCCAUUAAAAAUUCACUGGCAAGCACAAA